AUGAAGGUCGACUCAUCCAUUACUUCAGUAAAAAACCUAGCCAGGAAGGUGGCGGUGCCUCUGAAAGGAGAACUGAAGCUGAAGCUCGACGAAUUAGAGCAAAGAGGCAUUUUGAGGAAGGUUUCGAUACCUACAGACUGGGUCAGUAACAUCGUCUUAGUCAGGAAACCAGGCAAACUCAGGAUCUGUCUUGACCCGAGAGAUCUUAACAGAGCUUUGAAGAGACCUCAUUAUCUUAUGCCAACGAUGGAUGAUAUACUGCCGAAGCUGGCAGAAGCGAAGGUGUUCUCUGUGCUAGAUGCGAAGGAUGGAUUCUGGCAGGUGAAGCUGACAGAAAGGAGCAGUUUGCUGACGACAUUCGCAACACCAUUUGGUCGUUAUAGAUGGACUAGGAUGCCCUUCGGCAUAUGUACCGCACCCGAAGAGUUCCAAAGGCGGCAACACGAAAUCAUAGAAGGCUUGUUAGGUGUUGAUGUUGUGGCAGAUGACUUCUUGGUAUACGGCAGUGGUGCGACACAUGAAGAAGCCCUGGCAGACCACGAUAGGAAUCUCCAGAAGUUCUUGGCAAGGGCGAGAGAGAGCGGGCUGAUACUAAACAAGAAGAAGCUCAAGCUGCGCCUCAAAGAAGUGCCAUACAUGGGACAUCUACUGACUAGUGAUGGUCUCAAACCAGAUCCUAAGAAGGUGAAGGCUGUAGUGGAGCUGCCAGCUCCUACUGACAAGAAGGGAGUUCAACGCCUUCUUGGAAGUGUCACAUACCUGUCCAGAUUCAUGCCUAGACUAGCAGAUGUAGCCGAGCCUUUGAGAAGGCUGACUGACAAAGGUGUUCACUUCGAGUGGAGGGAGGACCAUGAGGAAACCCUCAACCAGCUGCGAAAGCUUAUGACGGAAGCUCCAAUCUUGAAGUAUUAUGAUCUGAAAGAUGAGGUGACAAUCCAGUGCGAUGCAUCAGAGAAGGGGCUUGGAGCGACACUACUCCAGAAUGGACAGCCAGUCUACUACGCAUCAAGGGCCCUGACGAAAACUGAACAAAACUAUGCUCAAAUAGAGAAAGAGUGCCUAGCCAUUGUGUACUCUGCAGAGCGGUUCGAUCAGUUCAUCCAGGGAAGGAAGGUGACAAUCAUGACAGAUCACAAGCCCUUGGUGCCGAUAUUCAGCAAGGCUUUGAACAGUGCCCCGAAACGUCUCCAGAGGAUGCUUUUGAGACUGCAAAAGUAUGACAUUGAGCUAACAUUCUGUCCAGGGAAGGAUAUGUUGAUUGCAGACUGGUUGAGUAGAGCUUUCCUGCCUGACACAGAGAGUUGCGACAGGAUCUAUGCUGAAAUUGAACAGAUCAACCAGACAGAUUAUGUCAGGAUACGUGAUGCCACAUCACUACAACUGCAGAAAGAGACAUUGAGAGAUCCAGCUAUGCAAACUCUGACAUCCAUUGUGAUGAAUGGAUGGCCUGAACAGAGAGAUGAAGUGCCUGUGGUGGUGAGAGGAUAUUACCAGUUCAGGGACGAGAUAACAGUACAGAAUGGUGUUCUGUACAAGGGCAUGAAAGUUAUCGUACCAACCGCCAUGAGAGCUCUGAUGCUAAACAGGGUGCACAGCAGUCACCUAGGAGUUGAUGCCUGUGUUCGACGAGCUAGAGAUGUCCUGUUCUGGCCGGGUAUGCAGUCGGAAGUGAAGGAAAAGGUGACCCAAUGCAGCACCUGCAAUGCUUUCCAGCCCAAACAACAGAAAGAGCCGAUGAUGUCGCACGACAUUCCAAGCAGGCCUUGGAGCAUUGUGUCGCAGGAUCUCUUCACAUUCCAGAACGAAGACUACCUCAUUACUGUCGACCACUACAGUGAUUACUGGGAAAUAGACAAAAUAACAGGUGACACGAGGGCUCCAGUAGUGGUGGCAUGCACAAAAGGCCACUUCGCCAGAUAUGGACGUCCAGACAAAGUGAUUACGGACAAUGGGCCCCAAUUUGUUGCCAAAGACUAUGCUCAAUUCGUUGCAGAGUGGGAAGUUGAGCAUCUCACAUCUUCGCCAUUGUACGCACAAAGCAAUGGUAAAGCCGAAUCUGCAGUGAAGAUUGCUAAGACACUCCUGAAGAAAGCGACAAAGCAAGGAGAGGAUGUCCAGCUAGCAAUACUGGAUUGGAGAAACACACCGGAUGAUAAUGGUGCCAGUCCAGCACAGAAAAUGAUGGCACGACGAACCAACACUCUACUGCCUACCCCUGAAGCGCUCCUCAAACCACAUGUCGUAGAUGGAGUAUCCCAACACAUCAGCCACAAGAAGCAGCAGGCCAAGAAAUACUAUGACCGAUCAGCAGCUCCUCUUCCUGAGCUAGAGAUUGGACAGCAAGUCCGCAUCCAAUCUAAGAGUCGUGGCCUGGAGUGCAGCCGAGGAGUCUGCAAGGAAAAAGUUGGUCCAAGGUCAUACUUGGUGCAAACAGAAACUGGCCAGAUGUUAAGAAGGAACCGAAGGUUCUUAAGAAUGACUGAAGAACCGCUCGUACAAGAACCACUCGUACAAGAACCGCUCGUACAAGAGCCGCAGACAGCUGAGAAGGAGAGCCCAUCAGCGCAAGAAAGCCCACAAGAAGCUACUGCAUCGCAGCAAACGGGUGAGAACCAGCCUCAGCAACCAUCUUACACUGAGACGCUGCAAAACCUGUUGAAUCGCGUACUGGAGAAAUAUCCGCUAACAGCUCUCCAGAGAGUCAGCCGACGAGCCCUGGUCGCGUGA